AUGCGCCCACCUGCGCCCACCAACCCGGCCCAGGUCCCGCUCCUCGGCGCAGCCUCGUCGUGCGCAACUCCGCCGACGCACAGCCACCCCUCGCUCCUCGCCAACUGCUUCACCCGCCGCACCAGGAGCCUCGUACAGCUCGCCAUUGCAGCCACCCUCGUCACCGCAUCCGUUGCCUUCCUCCGUCACGCCGCACCGACACCUUCCUCGUCGUCCCUCUCCCUCCCUUCCCUCCCGCCCCACCUUGCCAGCGUCCUCCGCCUCUCCGCACCAGUCGACCGCCCACCGGCACCCACCCGACUCGCCGUAAAGCCCGACCGACCAGUCGCCACGGCCGACGACGACCAUCCGGGCGAGCCCGACCUCGACGCCUUCAGCUCCGACCACGGCGACGGUCUCCUCACCGACCUCACGACCGUCCUCAAGCCCCUCGCGCGCACAAAGGCCGUCUCGUACGGCGAGCCGUGGGUCUAUGCCCGCGACCCGCACCAGCUCCCGGCGUGCGAGCGCAUCUUGCUGUUCCAGUUCAUGCCGUGGUGGGGCUUUGCGAGCGAGUACAUCCUCUACGCCCGUGCAGCAGCCGCAGCAGACAAGCUCGGCUACACGUUCCUCGAGGACGACCGCAACUGGAACUACGGCCGCUUGCGCAACUACUUUCGCCCGCGCAAGCUGUCGUGCGUCCCGCCGCGCGACUGGACCGACCAGCGCCUCGCCGUCCCGUUCUCGCUCGCUUCGGCGCGCGAGCGCCCGCCCCGCCUCGUCUACUCGCGCCUGCACCUGUCGAACCUGGACGACUGGACCCGGGACGUGUACCUCUCGGCGCCGGGCGUCCAGGCCGCGCUCCGGGCCCUCCAGCAGCGCGACGACGCGCACCGCCGCGACGCCGACCGGUGGAUCCUCGAGGAGGGCGCGACGCUCCCGCAGCCGCUCGAGGCCGUCUUUGACGACCAGAGCGCCGCCGUGCGCCGCAUGUGGAAGCUCAACGCCGAGGUCGACGCCCAGGUCAAGCUCGUGCGACGCCGCAGCGGGCUCGCGCGCCCGAGGUGGGUCACGGGCGAGGAGGACGCGCCCGAGGGAGGAGAGGGGACGACGAGCAGGAGGGGCCCUGUCAUUGCGCUCCAUGUGCGCCUCGGCGACAAGGCGUCAGAGUACGAGCACGACUCGCAGGACAUGGGCAUCUCGAACAGCUUCGGUAACCUGACGGUCUACGUCGAGGCUGCGCACGACGCCUUCCGCCGCCUCCUCCCCUCGCGCUACCCUUCCCUCACGCCCCUCACCCGCCCCCGCUUCUCGCCCUACGCCCGCCCGUCCCUCCUCCUCAUCACGGCCGAGCCCGACAUCCCCUCGCGCCUGCGCGCCUCGACGCCCCUCUCGCGGCCCUUCCUCGUCGUGCAGACGCCCGAGCCGGACGUGCGCGUGCCGAGUGCGACGGGCGACGGCGACGGGACGCAGGCGAGGCUCGCCAAACAGGCGGGCGCGGCGGCCGGGGCGCAGGGCGACAAGCCCAAGGCGUACGGCGGCGGCAGCGGCGGGGCGCGCAAGGCGCAGAAGGGGCGCAAAGGGGCGGCAGCGGCGGCAGUGGCGGUGGGGAAGGACGGCAAGGAGCGCGUGCGGCGAGCGGCGGGGGGCGCGAGCGAGGGCGAGGAGGACGAGGUCGUCGAGGCGACGCCCGACCUGAGCACGGGCUACACGCAGGCAGCGUUCAACGCGCUGCCGAUCCUCGAGCGCGUCGUGCACACGCAGGCGUUCGUGCGCGACUUGACCGUGCUCGCGAGGGAGGCCGACGCGGCCGUCGUCAGCGGCGCGAGCAACGUCGGGCGGUUGGCCAUGCUCAUCGCCGGCAAGGACGCAGUGGUCGGACCUCGAGACAGUCAUGGCGACGGGCUCGGCGGGCGCAUCCGCUCGGUCGACGCCCACUGCUACCCGACGGCGUACACGACGGCCGUGUACGAGCCUGUCGCCGACGUCGAGGACCUCGACAACGCGGCGUUCGUGCCCAAGGAGCAGUUUGAGGCCGAGCAGGCGGCGCUCGCGGCCAAGGCGCAGCGGGUGGACAAGGGGCGCAAGGGGAGGAAGGGUCGACCGACACGAGACGAGUAGAAGGACGCCCUGUAUCGCCGUGCCGUCGCCGC